AUGGGUAUUGAUUUGGACCACCACCACGUCCGUUCGGGCCACCGCAAGGCUCCCAAGUCGGACAACCCCUACACUGCUCUGCUGGUCAAGCUCUACAGAUUCUUGAGCCGCCGUACCGACAGCAAGUUCAACGCCACUGUCCUCCGUCGCCUGAUGAUGAGCAAGAUCAACCGCCCUCCCAUGUCGCUCUCCAAGAUCGUUGCCACUGCUGCCAACAAGCACUCCAGCAAGGCCCACGAGGGCAAGACCAUCGUCUUGGUCGGCACCGUCACUGACGACAACCGUCUCCUUGAGCUCCCCAAGCUCUCGAUUGCCGCCCUCCGCUACACCAACACUGCCCGCGCCCGCAUCGUCGCCGCUGGUGGUGAGGCCCUGACCAUUGAUCAGUUGGCCAUGCGCGCCCCUACCGGUGCCAACACCCUUCUCCUCCGUGGCCCCAAGAACGCCCGUGAGGCCCCUUACGUCGAGAGCAAGGGUCGCAAGUUCGAGCGUGCCCGUGGUCGCAGACGCUCGAAGGGUUUCAAGGUGUAA